GCUAACUCAUGUGACCUGAUGGGGAAAUACAGACGUUUUUUGUCAACGUUUAUUUUGUAAUUAUAAGUAUUUAGAGACGGUUAAAACAUAAGAGCCGUUGACGUUAACCUGACGUCAUUACACCAGUCACAACAUUAGCACAGUUGUUCCAACGGACGUAAAAAGACCGAGAUUAAAGCAGCAGACAGCCUCGUGUUGUUACCGGAAGUGUGAGGGGUGUUUCCAUCAGAAGCUCCACAGUCUCUCUCCUCUCCUUCAAAAAAGCCCGACUUUCAGCUCCUGUCAGCGGCUACAGAGCUCCCCUCUCCCCGGGAAACACCUGCGGAGGAACCGGGGGAUCCUCAUGGUCCCAGCCGCCCGGAGAUGGCGUCCUUCCCCGGGUUGAGUUCCGAGGAUCAGGCGGAGGGAGACGGGUCUCUGCUGGAGAUGCUGAAGGCCAUCGCGGAGGAAAGGGUCCGGAUCAGCGGCCGGCAGGAGAUCAGCGGCCUGGGCUGUUUUAAGGACGACCGCAUCGUGUUCUGGACCUGGAUGUUCUCCACGUAUUUCAUGGAGAAGUUCGCUCCUCUGAAGGACGACAUGCUGUUCUACGUCCGCCGGAAACUGGGCGCCGACCUGAGCGACGGAAAGAAGGUCAGCUGAUCGAUCAAUAACAUGUGAUCUAUAACGAGCUGCAGGCAGAGAUUUAAUUGGUUAGUCAAUUAGUGGAAACCUGCAGCUGUUUGAAUGAUUGGGUUACGGUGCCACGCAUUUAUAUAAACGUAUAUAAAUCCAUCAUAACAAAGAGUUUUAAAACAUUAAAUAAGAACACAACCCCAUUUGAACUUUUAACCAGCGCUGAUUUGAGGGCUUCUGGGAAAUUGAGUUUUUUAAAUGC